AUGAAGCAGACCGUGGAGCAACCCUCUAAAAAGCGGAUCGCUUUACGACCAUUCUCCGAGCGUCUCUCCGCAUGGCCGGAAGAGGAUUGGUCGGGUCUACAGAACAAAGAAUCGGGAAAGCCCUCGGAAGACAGAAAUAACCAACAUGACAACAACCCUCUAACUGCUAAAAAACAUGCAGUUACACGGCAGAUGAAUGCACAGACAUCAGCAACACAUACCGCAGUGGACGUGACCUCACUCAUCUCCUUGAAAGAAAUCGAGGAUGUGCAUAUCCUACACUCCCAUUCAAUAGCGACAAAAGCUACGAUGCAACGUUUAGAGAUGGCGGCGCGCCAACAUCAGAUGUUGGGGUCUCCACGCACCGAUCUUCUACUCCACCUUAUUCAGUUCAAUUUCACCAGAGCGCUCAUGGAAAACACAAUGAUCUUAGGUCUCACAUCGGAUCAGCUACACGACGAUGCCAUUUCACAAUUUUAUAGCAUUGGCCCGUGGCAAUAUGAUUAUGAGAAUUACCUUCCGCCCAGUCUACUGCCCACCCCGAUUCAACGCUCUCUCCCACAUCACCCCUGGUUAGACCUGCUUCCUAUCCCCCACAUGAGGGAUAAUUUGAUCUUAGCUGGAGACUUCGAGGAGGAAACCCAACUGUGCGUCGAUAUGAAGGGGGGUGAAAAUGCGCGGUCGGGAAGAACUGGUAUUAUUGUUUGGAGCGACCCCUGGGAUCCGGCGGGGUGGGAGGUUACGGAGUCUUUUGCUCGUGCUUGGGGCUGGGUUAUUAAGGACUGUCAUGACUUGGCGCGUUCCACAACCCGGUGGCGGGCAAUGCGGAAUGAAAGACCCCUAUUUCGUAUGAGCUGA